AUCCAUAAUUAGGAGGGCUAGUGUGGGGCCCUGACCCGAGUGAAGUUAGGCCCAGUUUCUCUCUCUCUCUAUGUGCACCAAAGUUCCGGAAAAAUCUAGACUCGGAGAGAAGAAGCUACAAGCUUCCAUUAUUCUCACUAUAACUGAAAUUCCCAAACUCAUUCUUCUUUCAUUCACUUCCAUAACCGAGCUCUACAAUUCUCUACCUAACUAACAUUCUGGUUGCAGCUUUGAUCAAUUGAGAAGGACCUAGUACAAAUUUGUAUAAAUUCAUCUCAGAGAUUUUUAGGGUUUGUUUGGACGCUGUUGUUAAAAGAGGAAUAUGGAUACAUACUAUUCAUUGAAGAUGAAGAGGAAGGAUUUGGAAGAUGUUAAUGAUGAAUUCUCUGAUUUUUCACUUUCCCUUCCCGCCAGAAAAAUGCGUCGACUGGAUGCAGAUUUGCCUCCCAUAAUAGAAGAGGUUGAAGAACCAGAGAUUCCUAUAGAUUUUGAGCAAGCAGCUACUUAUCAAAGCUUCGGAAGCAAUGCAGUAAAUAGGGGUCUAGUAAUUGAAGAACUGCCAAGUGUGCCCGAGAAUGAAGAGAGGGCAAUUGUUCUUUUCAAGCCUAUGAACACACCUCAUGUGCAUUCCCCUUCUAAUUUCUCUGUUAAAAUGUAUCCCCAAUUUAUUAAUGGUUUCAAAAGCCAAGUCUUCUGGGAUAACCGAGCAAAUGCAUUUCGACUAGCUGACAAUGAAGGAACUCCACAGGAGGACUCUAGUUCUGCGCAGGAGUGUCUAGCUGUUGUUCCCUGGGUUCCAUCUCAACUUCCUUGUGCAGAAGAAGCUGGAGUCCUUGUUCAACCUGACAUUUCAGAUAUGAUGGAUGCUGAAGAUACAGAGGGAGUAGCUAUGGAUGUUGAAGAUAGCAGUGUGAAUGCUGGUGCAGUUAGUGUAAAUGAAGGUUUGCAUCAUUGGCAACAACAGCAUUGUAUGAUGACAACUCAGCUGCCUCCGAACACAUCGACACCUAUUCCCUGGUACCAGUAAUUGGCAAAAGGAUUAGGAUGUUAUAAUAUUGGAUAUUAUUAGAACUCUCCAUGGGUGUCCAUCGGUUAGGUAUGGAAGGAGGAGGAAGUAAAUAGUAGAUAAAUGUAGUAGAAUGCUGAUUGAAUUUUUUCUUGGUCAAAGAUCCGGAGGCCGUUGUUUUAAAGUCAGCUAUCAUGGCCUCUAAAUUUGGAGCGAAGAGCUGCUUAAUAGUUUUCUAAUUCUAAUAUCUCAGCUCUGAGAUGAAAAUGCAAAUUAUUCUCCAUGUCUUGGAUAUGAUUUUUCCUUUGUUGCU